AAACCCGAAAAAUGAAGGAGUUAAGAUUCGGGAAAUAAUUAAUUUGGGCGGUAAAGUAAGCAAUAAAGCGGAAAACGAAACCGAUGUUCUUCAUUAGGCCAGAAGAAGACUCCUUUGGAAGUUGGAGACUGUAGUCUUUAUCUUCUACAGAUAGAAAAUUAUUUUCUCGGAAAAUUCCAAAAAGGACGAGACUUUCAUAAAUUUUCUCGAGAAAAGUUACAAUGGUGGUGGAGACUGGAGAGUAGUAAAGCAAAGCCAGUGGUAGAGUGAACCACACACAUCUUUCAAAACCCACCAUCUCUCUUUUUUCCGUUAGGGUUUACUCUGCUUCUCUCUCCUCUAUGCUUUUCGUCCCUGACCCUGAGAGAGAAAAAAAAAAAAAAAAUUAAAGCUCUCUUCUUUUGGGUAACCGAGGAGCUCACUUCCUUUUUUUCUCUCCUUCCAAACACCUCUACAAUGUCUCUCUACAGUCUCAAAUCUUAGUAACCCCAACCUGCAUUUGGGCUUCUCGCCUCUUUCAUCUUUUCUUCCUUUCUCUGCUUACAAAGUUUCCGCCAUUGAAAGGGACCAAAGGGAAGGAAAAAUGCAGACCCACAAGCUGGUUCCUCUUUUCUUCUGUUUCACUUUCCUUUCCGUUUCUUUUAUCCCUCCUUCAAAUUCAGAUCUCGCCGCCGACCGAGCAGCGCUGCUCACCCUGCGGUCCACCGUCGGGGGCCGAACCCUUUUGUGGAAUGUCAGUCAGCAGAGCCCUUGUGCCUGGGCCGGAGUUAGGUGUGAGCAGAACAGAGUCACGGUGUUGCGUUUACCCGGCGUCGCUCUCUCCGGCGAGCUGCCGAAUGGGGUUUUUGCCAAUUUGACUGAGCUGCGCACUCUCAGUCUUCGCCUCAACGCUCUCACUGGUAACAUUCCUUCAGAUCUAGCUGCUUGUACUCGUCUCCGGAACUUGUACCUGCAGGGGAAUUUCUUCUCCGGCGAGAUCCCGGAGUUCCUAUUCACUCUCCGUGACCUCGUUCGGGUUAACCUCGGGGAGAACAACUUCACCGGUGGGUUCCCGACCGGGUUCGACAAUCUCACCAGGCUCAAGACUCUGUUCUUGGAGAACAACCAUCUGUCCGGCGCCAUUCCGACGGUGAAAUUGGGGAAAGUGGAGCAGUUCAAUGUGUCCAACAAUUUGUUGAACGGCUCUAUUCCUCAGAGGUUGAGGACUUUCGAUUCGGAUUCGUUUUUGGGCACUUCGCUCUGCGGGCAGCCCCUCGAUGCCUGCCCGGUCGAUGGUGCCCGCGGGACUGUGGUGGUGCCCAGCACGCCGUCGGCGACAGGGCAGUCCGUCGGGAACAGGAAGAAAAAGUUGUCCGGCGGGGCAAUCGCCGGGAUAGUCAUCGGGAGUCUUGUUGGUCUGUUGUUAAUAGUCAUGAUUUUGGUCUUCCUCUCACGGAAAAUCAGCAAGCAGAGAUCGAGAUCGAUGGACAUUUCAACAUUGAAGCCUCAAGACCUGGAAAUCAUGUCUGAGAAGCCCAUGGUGGAUGUGGACGGCGGCGUUGGCCGCAACGGAAGUAGUGGGUACUCGGUGGCUGCUGCCGCUGUGGCUGCUAUGGUGGGCAACGGCAAAGGAGGAGGAGGAGGAGGAGAUGGUAGCUCUGGCGCCGCCGGAGCGAAGAAGCUGGUGUUCUUUGGGAAGACUACUAGGACGUUUGAUUUGGAGGACUUGUUGAGAGCCUCUGCAGAGGUUUUAGGGAAAGGAACAUUUGGGACUGCUUAUAAGGCAGUGUUGGAGUAUGGAACCGUGGUGGCUGUGAAGAGGUUGAGAGACGUGAAUGUGUCAGAAGGAGAGUUCAAGGAGAAGAUUGAAUUUGUGGGCGCCAUGGAUCAUGAGAGGCUUGUCCCCUUGAGGGCUUAUUACUACAGCAGGGAUGAGAAGCUUCUUGUCUAUGAUUACAUGUCAAUGGGAAGCUUGUCUGCUCUUCUUCAUGGCAACAAGGGUGCUGGUAGGACUCCACUGAACUGGGAAAUCCGUUCCUCAAUCGCCUUAGGAGCAGCUCGUGGCAUCGAAUACCUUCACUCCCAAGGCAAGGAAGUCUCCCAUGGCAACAUCAAAUCCUCCAACAUCCUACUCACUCCGAACUACGAAGCUCGAGUAUCCGACUUUGGUCUCGCUCAUCUCGUGGGCCCCUCAUCGACUCCCAACAGGGUAGCAGGCUACCGAGCGCCAGAAGUCACCGACCCACGACGUGUCUCCCAGAAGGCCGACGUCUACAGCUUCGGCGUCCUCCUUCUGGAGCUGCUAACGGGAAAGGCCCCCACGCAUUCCCUCCUGAACGAGGAAGGCGUCGACCUCCCCCGAUGGGUUCAAUCCAUAGUGAAGGAGGAGUGGACCUCGGAGGUGUUCGAUCUCGAGCUCCUGAGGUACCAGAGCGUAGAGGAAGAGAUGGUUCAGAUGCUGCAGCUUGGAGUGGACUGUGCAGCUCAGUUCCCCGACAACCGGCCUUCGAUGGUCGACGUGACGAGGCGGAUCGAGGAGAUUUGCAGGUCGAAUGGCAGCGCCCGAGAUCCUCAGCAGCCUGCCGGUGAGGUGGUGGUCAGCCAUGGAGAUGAAAGCUCGAUACUUUGAGAGAGCAUUCAUACAUUUGCACAUCCCCAAUGAAUGUAGAAAAAUGCUCUCUCCCUUUUCAUUUCUACCUCUUCUGCCUCUUUUUUUUUUUUUUUUCUUGUAUGUCAUCAUCGACUCUAAAUGUGGUGUGUGGUCUUUGGUUGUCCUGUUUCUGGAGAUGUUGGUAUUUUGGUUCUGUCGUUAAUUUGCCAGUAGGAGGGUUUGUGAUUUGAUGGGUCAACAUCAUUAAUUUACAUUGGUGGGGUUGGUCAGUGGUUGGUUUGUGAUGUUUUAACUAUCUGUGGUUGGUUGGUGGGUGGGUGGAGUGGGUUGGUUCAUGAAAGGAUAAGGAGGUUGCAGCUAUUAGUAGUGUUGUUUGUCUUCAAUCAAAAUGGUCCCUUUUCCUUCAAAGAUGGUAACUUUUUUCUGCUUUGAAGGACAUUUUGUGGGUGUGGAGUAAUUGAUGGUGACUCUCGCUUGCUUCUGAUUCUACUAUGAGUUGGCCAGUAAACACUAAACAGGGUAGAUUUGGGAACUUGAUAUUCCUCUGUAUUUCCAUUGAAGGCUUGCCUAUCAGCGAGUAGUUGAGCGGAUUGAAUCCUGGUGGUUAAAUAAGGAGAGUCCAAAUGUGUGAGUUGGUUUACAUGUAAUUUUACUAUUUUAGUUAUAGUUAGGGUUGGAAAUGAGUUGUGAAUUGUUCAGAAGCAGGUUGACAUGUUCAAUUCGGAAAAUAUUCGUUCAAAAUUUGACUCAAUUAUUAAUGAGGGGAGUCUGAGUUUUGUUCAGCUCGCGAUUAAUCUCAUCUCUGUAAUUAGCUGAGCUGACGAGAUGUCUCAACAUUGUGGCUAGUGAGCGAGUCAACUAGUUUACAGGCUUGUGGACGCGAAUCGAUCUAUAUCUUAUGAGUUUGGUUUGUUGGUGAUUAACGAGUUUGUUAAAUUAUGUAUCUCACCCUAUAUAAUGUUUAAGAACUUGACUAUACGGAUGGUCUCAUUAAUGAGGUGAAUUCGAGUCGAGCUAUAGACAAAUAUAAAUAAAAGUUUUAGUAAACAGACCCAACUCAAACCAGUCCCGAGCUGGGCAAAAUUCAGUUCUACUAGGCUAAUUUGGAGUUUCCAUUAAAGUUCAAAAUUUGAAGGGUCCAUAUCUGCUAUUCUACAGAUAUAUGUAUAAUUAUUUUGUCAGGAAUCCAAAGGUGGCCAUGUUUACCUUUUUUUUCUUUAUUCACGUGAUAUAUUUAGUCAGUGUUCUCAUUCGCUGUUGUUCACACCUUUUCUAUCGUGUGCACAUAUAGCCUUCACAUUUACGCUUCUUGAAAACUGAAAAGCGAUAGAGGGAAGGGCCAACUCGUUUGCCUCGUCCUUUUAUUUUUUUACAAAUUUAUUUGGGUAAAUACAAUAUAUUAGUUACGAUUAUAUAAUAUUGAUAUAUGGAUGACCAAUGAGCUACUACAUUAGAUGUUCACUUGAAAGUUACAUGUAAAUUGUAACCCCUAUUUCUACAUCAUUAUCUCUCAUUCAUAUGCAUGGAUAUACGGAUGUAGUGGUUACCAAAGUGUGCCAAUAAAUAGAGCACACCAUUGUAUCAAAAGUGAAGAAUGAAUAAGAAGAAUUCUUCCCCUCUCUUCUCUUGUGUCUUUCCCUCUCUAAUAUUCUCUUGUAGUUGUUUAUAUUUUCUAUUAGUUUCAUUCCACGUUAUCAGCACGAAGCUCUGUCAAAAUUGUCAUUGGUCAAAGACUCUCAACAUAAUCUAAGAUAUUGGAGUAAGAUCACAAUAUGAUCAAGGUAUCUAAAUCUUAUCUCCUUUCUUAUCUUAUUGUCUUAUUUGUGUUGAGAUUAUCUCAUUCCAAUAUAUCAAGAUGGGUGCUACUCUUUUCUCAUAGUAGACCAUCCAUUGAUAUUUUAUCACAUACAUCUAUUUGGAUUAACAAGAAAAAUAAUAUAAGUGAUGAGUUAAU